AUGUCGAGAGUCAGCCGAAAAGUAGCCACUUUCAAUCAGGAAAAUGAAAGGAAAGACGAAAUCCCUGAUAGGCACAGGAACGAUGUAAAUAUAACGAACUUUUCUAACGUAAAAUGGAAUGAGAGUGUUUACUCAAAAUCGAAGGGAAGGGAUAAAUUAUGUAACUUGAAAGACUUGAACUUCAAUGGAGAUUAUUUAAUUAAACGGAAAACGAAAAUGAGGAAACCAUAUUUUGCUAUAAAAAAUGACGAACUAAUCUUGCCAAACAAGUAUGACUACUUCCUUAAAAAAGAAAACGACAAUUUUGCUAUCCAAAAUGGGAACAUCAUGAGUUACAACAUGGAAAAUCUACAAGACAUUUACUACGUGUACAGGGUAAAUUCAGAUAUCUGCGAUUUGAUUAUUAAGAGAUACAAGGAAAAUAUUUAUUUGAGUAUAUUUAACAACAUGCUGAUUAUUAUAAACCCUCACGAAUGCGUGGACGCCUUUUACAAACUGGUGUUCAAAAGAAAGAACAGAAAUAAUUAUAUAUUUAGUUGGUUCAUUAAUUAUGCCUUACAGAAGAAAUUGGUAAAAGGUGAAUCCGAAUUUGAGUCGCACGAAAAUUCGCAUGAUUCUUCUGAUAGCAAUUACAGGGAGGAUGAUAAAAAUGUGUUCAGCUACUUGUGGCAAAAAAGAAUGGAUCUAGGGAGAAAGAACAUCUUCCAAUUUGACAAGUUCAAGAGGAGGAAGAAAAACUUAACGGAAUUGAAGCAGGAAUUAUAUAUCAAAAGCAACGAUGAAAUGGCGCAAGUGCACAAGGAUAUUUUAGGCAAUUUUAGAAUGAAUUUUAAUGAGGUGUUCAACAUUAGGACCGACCCACGGGGCUCUUCUAUAGACAGUUCUGCUAGUGACUCCCUCAGGAGUUCUGUAGGUCGCUCAAUUAGUUAUUCACUUGGAGGCUCUGUCCGGGGCAAACCUAGAGCAACGGUAAAAGGAACUACGAAUUAUAUUGUAAAUGAUACGGUUAGCGGUACUGGUAAGGGCUUCAUUGGGGGAACCAAGAGCGAUGGCCUUGACCGGGACAGCGCUGUCCCUUCCAAUUCGGGACAAAGCUACCUAAACAACAGGAGCGCCUACAAACGAAGAAACGUAUUCAACAGGUCUACCCACUUGAGAAGAUAUAAAAAUCUGGUUGAUUCGAAAGAUGCACAUCUUAGCUCAUCAAAAUAUGGGAACAAAUUAAUUUUCAUAUGUGGAGAAAAGAACAGUAAUCAGAAUGUAGUAAGUACUUAUGUAUUCAAACAUAUAAUAAAGAAGGGAAAAAACAAAGAAUUAUAUCAUGCGUACAAAAAUGUUAUGAAUGUUCUUAACUUAUUUUUUAAUUACAAAUGCUAUAACUUUGUCAUUCAUUUCAGUAACAAAAACAGACUACUAUAUUUCAAUGUCCUUCCAUGUUUCUUAAAUGAUCAAAGUAAUGUGACAAAUAUCUGCACGAAAAUAGGGAGCUUCCUACAGCGCCUGAAUUUGGGAGAUAAGCCAGGCAAAAAGGGGGGCGAUAAAAGUUCCCAUGCAGAUAUUCAGAAUGACCGUCACAAAAUAGAUCACCGGAAAUCUAGCGGGGAUGAGGGAAGCAAAGCUGGGAGAGGAGAACAAGAAACUUCCAAGAAAUAUGAGCACAGGAAGAAAAAAAAAAAAAAAAAAAAAAAAACACAAAGUGGGGGAGAAUUACCUGCUAGUCUGAAUAACGAAUCUGAUAGCAACGUUGUAGACAUGGAGGACGGGACAGACAGUGCAGAGCAACAAGAAGAGAGACGCUCAAAGGGAAGAGGAAAUCAAAACGAAAUUUUUAAUAUACCCUACAUAUUCUUUUUCCUUCUUGAAACCACACUGUUGGAUAGCUCGAAUAAAUACUAUAAGCACUUAAAAUUACACCCACUUGAUAUAAGAAAAAUAUAUAAGAAUUAUGUAGAGGCUCCUGCUGACAUAGAAGUAAAGGAAACCGACAUAAGCAGAACGUUUGAUUAUUUUCUAGAAUUAGGCUUCACAGAAACAGAGAUCCUUUCAAUGAUUAAGUUAAAUUUUGCACUAAUUUUUAUCAAUAUAUAUAUUACCAUAAGGAAAUGUCUGCAUAAAAAUGAGGAAAAAACACUAAAUUUCCUGCAACUGCAGCUGAUUAAUGUACAGGACUAUAAAAAAUUAGUGAAGUCAAAAGCAAUGUACAAAGGAGGGACAAAGGCCUCAUCGGAUUAUUCAAAUCAGAGUUCUUCAAGUUUUUUAAAUUUUACAAAUGAGAAAUACAUGAGCAGCGAUUUUAGUUCAUUUACGAAUGAAGACGUAAGCAUAAGUUGCAUUAGGGAGAUUUUGCAGAAUGAGCGAGAUGAAGGAAAGGCGACCAGAGUGCGCAGAUUAAAAAGUGGAAACAUAUACGAUCCUUUCGAUCGGAACGUGCAUAUGAACUUGAGCAAUAAAAAUCAUUUAAGAAUUCUUAAGGACGACAGUGGAGAAAGGAGCGAAGGGGAAAAAGGUGAUGAAUCCAAUAGACACGAGAAACACAUGUACAAAUAUACGAGGAGAAGAAAUGGUGAAAGAAAUGGUGAGAGAAAUGGUGAGAGAAAUGAUGAGAGAAAUGAAUUCAAUUAUUUCAUAGUAUUCGAAGGACAUAUAAUGGAGGAAUAUAUAGCUUUCUUACUAGGUGUAGAUUUAGAGGUGAUGAUGAAAAUUUUAAGUAAUCAGAUAAGGCUCAAAAAUUUAUGUUCCACUAUUUUUUUCAGAUUAAAAAUUAGGAUAAUAAAACAAAUUAAUGAGUACCUUAGAUCUUACUUCUUUAAUGGUACCGUUGUCCACUCCUUGUAUGUGUAUAGCAAUACUGGCCUGAGGGCAAACAUACAUGGACAAAACAUAAAGGAGUGUGAAAAGAAAAAAUACAACAACUUGGCCCACCUUAUUAACAACAUAUAUAACGAAAUCCUGCACCAUUAUUAUUUGAAAAUUUCUAUGUUCAACAUGGAUAGCUAUCUCGUGCAUACAAUAAAAGAAUUAAAUGAGUCGAGGGAAAAAAACGAUAAUUACGAGUCUGCCAUAGGAAACACUGUGGAUAUGUACAAAGGAUUGAGUGAUCAUAUCUGCAGAGGUAGUAUGAUGAGUUGCUACAUUUCUCAAUUUGGAAAGGAUCCUAUCUUAAAAUUGCUAGAAAAAUAUACAUACAAAUUUUUACACACCAUGGAAAAUUGCCAAGAGGUAAAGGGCAUAAGGCCAUCCGUCUUCAUAAAAGCAGAGCAUUACAAAAUGAUGUAUCUAUACUGUGCAGAAAUUUCACGUGUAAUGAGGCGUCUUACUGAGGGGGUUCAUUCCAGAAGAAUGUUUAAUCAAGGAUAUAGCGCCAAUAGCAAUGAUAAUCUGGAAUGUAGUGGCAGGAACAGUCGUGAUGACCACUCCGUGGGAAUCAUCCAUUACAAGAAGGAUGAACGGAGAAAGAGCGAAAUAGAAUUGGCUGAUGAAGAGUAUGCAGAGAGAAUGCUACUAAAGCUGAUGGAAGGCAUCGCCAAAGGCGAUAAGAAGGACUGGCAUGCAGGUGGAGGCAAUGUGGCAGAAAGAAGGAGGAAAAGAAAAUUUUGUAUUGUACAUUACAACGAUGAAACGGUUACGUACCGAUGCAAUAACAUGAUUCUAGAUAAUAUUGAAGAUUUUUGUGCACUAAAUGACACCAUACAAAUUAUAGAAAAGAGUAAAAUGGAAUUUUUAAGAAAAUUAUUCUUUGAAAAUUCGUUUCCGCUGAAGAAUUCUAGGAGCAACUUUUUAUACGACGAAAUUUGCUUUUUUUCCAAUAUUAUAAAGAAUACAUAUGAGAAAUUCUUCGUGCUCCUCUUAAAUGAGAAGGAAAAAACAAGACAAGAUACAUUCCUAGUGCCUAAGUACAUGACCAAAUAUGCCAGAGGAAAUGACAGAGGCUUGGAUGUUUAUUAUGGUGGGAGAAAAUCUCGCAGCAGUAGCAGUAGAAGUAGCAAUAGUAGGCACGGAAGUAAUAUAUUCAGGGAGGAUGUACUUUUUUCUCCAUCUUCAAAUAAGGCAUUUUUUAGCGGCAUAACAAGGUCAAGAAGAAAAUAUUUUCUCACAUCAGCUACCAUGUCAAGGGAAGAAAUCACCGAUUUUUCUGAACUGAAAAAAAAAAUAAACAAGGAACAUAUAAAAUCUGUUAUAGACAUGUUAAAUUUGAAACGAAUUUUUAACUACCAGUUUAAGUAUCUGUAUCACAGUUUGACCUGCCUGGACUUUAUUAAGAAAUAUUUGCUAUUCUGCAUCCACGUCAGCAGGGAUGGGGAUUUGAUUAAGCUCGUCAAUUAUUAUGAGCUCAGGUGUAAGAAGAAGAGGGAAAAGAGCUCUCUCACUGGUGCGGCGAUCGCUGAUCUGGGGAAAAAAGACGAACACAUGGAAGCUCAUACUAAUGUGCGUGAUAUCGUUCAGGAAGAUGCAAGUGAUGAUGGAAGUAUUGAGGAAGGUUCUAAUGGAAAUGACGAGUCUAAUACGGAUAGACACACAACUCACAGCUCAAAUUUGAAUGUGGUUACUAAUCCAAGGAGGAAUGUAGCUACCAAUGCAAGUGGAAGUGCUUCUUCAAAACCAAGUGGAUAUGACGCUCACAGCUCAAGUACAAGCACUAAGGGGAACCUGAUCAGUGGAGGCAGAUCAUCUGAUGAAGGGAAUAGCCAACAGAGCCAUGUAUCCAAGAAGAAAAAAAACCCAAGGAAAAACGCAGAAAAUUUCUACUACUUAAACUGCCUAAACCUUCAGGAGAAAAAAGAUUUAUGCAAAAUAAUUUUGUACAAUUUUAACAUAUCAAAAAAUACGCUUUAUUUCCGUAAUUUUAUUUUGUUAAGUAAAUAUGUUUACUUUAUUUUAGAAAAUUUGAGAGCCAAGUAUGUAAAAUCGAUAGUUCCUUACGUGAGGAAAAUUGAGAAUUGCUACUUAUCGUACAAAAAUAGGAAAAUAAAAUUCUUCCUUAGAGACAAAAUUAUUGUCAUUCAAAACUACAUGAGGCGAUUCCUGUUUCUCGAAAGGGUGAAAACAAUGGAGAGAAGGAAAAACUUAUUCGUAUCAUUUAUAAUAUUUUAUAGUUACAUUGUAAAAAAUAAAAACUUUGACGAAACGAAGGAGACGCUGGAGUUGUGCAAGGAAAAUUUCAUGAAGAAUGAGAAAAAGCUAAUUCGUCAUGCAGCCAGUGUGUACAUACAAUCCUGGUAUAGAAAAAUAAUGCAGCAAAGAAAAUAUAGAGAGUUAAAAAGGGAACGAUUUCAAAAAAAGGCUAUAGAAAAUAUUAACAGUGCCAUAAGAACAUAUCUCGUUCAGGUAAAAAUUGUAAAAAAUUUAAAUGAAAUAAUUAUACCUAACAAAUCUGCCCUUUUAAUUCAGUCCUACUUUAGAAGAUACAUGUGUCUUACAAAUUUCCAGAAAAAGCUCUUUUUAAAAAUUUGCUUCUUAUCAAUUAAGAGAAAGUACUUGUCCUACUCUAAUGUCCUCACUAAGGUGAAUUAUCAUUACUUGAUAAAAAAUAUAUACAGUAGAAAUAUCAUUCAGAGUCAGUUUAAAAUUCCAGAAGCUGUUAUUAAAAUCCAGAGUAACUACAAGGCGUACGUGGUGAAGAAGCAAUUCACCAUGUUGAUGGAAGCCAUAUACUUCACACAGGCUUACGUACAUACAUGUAUAGAAAGAAUGAGGUAUACGAAAAUGAAGAAAAGUAUAAUUUUAAUUCAGAGAUGGUGGAAAAAUUUUUAUAAAUUAAAAACCAUCUUCUCACAAGUGCAGUUUAACAUAUAUAGCAGUGAGUAUGACAAGAACAAGUAUUACUUUUUACAAAAAAAUAAUUUUCCAUUUUACAAAUAUUAUAUCUUGAAGGAGAAAAAAGCCCUGAAACUUUUGACUUAUCACAUUUUACUAAAACAAUGGUACUUUUUUUAUUUUAAGAAAUUUCAAAAGAAAAAUCAUCAGUUUAAUAUUGUGUUUAAUUUAAAAAUGUAUAAAAAUGUCUCCUAUCAUUAUACUCUUCCAUGGGCAUACAAAAUUAACAGCAUUCUAAAAAUAAUUCACAUGAAACAAAUGUUUCAGAAAUGCACUAAUAAUAGUGAGAAUACCAUUUUUAAUAUUCCCGUUUUUGGGUCUAUACAAAUAUUCGUUGGGGGAUCACACACCAUUCUUCUCAUCAGCCAAAGUGUUAUCAGUGAGCCUAUUGGUGAUAGCCAAGACGGGUUUACCACCACCAUGCGGAAGAGUAACACUUAUGGGAAUCGGAAAAACUACUACGCCAAGUUUGUGUACAGCUUGGGUUCAAAUGACUACGGACAGCUUGGCUAUUACAACUUGUUUGAGAAAAAUUUCAUCUACCACACGGGAGACCACACGAGGGAAUCUCCCCGUGCAGUGGAGAACAUGCAUAAUAGUGUGGCAGGCAGCAUGGCGAGUAGCACAGUGGAUAACUUAGCAAAUUGCCAUGUGAACGGUCAGACAAAGCCCUUCUCCACAACGUGCUCAAACCCAAUUCAGCCAGAAGGUAAACACAGAGAAAGGAAAUCCUUGCUGCUUCCCUUGGCAAGGAGGAAGGAUAUGAUGGACCCCUCAGAUUAUAGUCGAAGAAAAUAUAGCUCAACAUGGGAUACCACGAAAAGGGAAAGUACAUUCAGCAGUGUGGAACCCCCUCCAGAAGAAAACCAAAACGCCUCUUCUCACCUGAAUGGGAAUUGUAGACCUAUACAAGGGGGAAAAAACAGCGCUUCACCAUCAGAGAAGAAGAAGAAGAAUGAGAAAAAAUACACAGAACACAGUCUAUGCAACAAAUAUAAUAAAAAUAUUCAACAUUUAAUUUUCGAGCACAAACGUAAAUUCACAAUUGAUAAAAACCUUUUUUCGAACACCCAUGGGGGGGAGUCCAUGCAGGACAUUGUAGAUUACCAAAUAAUAGAUAAAAAAAAUAGUAAGGGGGAAAAUGAGAAAAUAGUGGAAUUCACCAAAGUGGUAAGUGAAACAAAUAAAAUUGCAAACAUUUGUUGUGGGUCUGAACAUACAUUAGCUCUUUCAGAAAAUGGAAAUGUAUACUCCUGGGGAUGUAACCUAUUUGGGCAGUGUGGGCAAAAAUAUGAAAGAAGUAUAGUAAGAUAUCCUAAAGUAAUAAAACAUUUUUUAAAUAACAAAAUUAAAAUUAAGAAUAUUAGCUGCGCAUCUUAUCAUAGUGCGUACAUUUGUAGAAAGGGUGAUCUGUACAUGAGUGGCAAUUUUUUUUUUAUCAACUUGAAAUAUUUCCACGAAAAUGUGUACGAACCCGCGUUCUUAAUAUCUCAGUGUCACUCAAUUCUUUGUAAUGACAGCUACAAUGUAUGUCUAAGGAGCGAUAGAAGUUCUUUAUAUAUUUGGGGGAAUAAUUACAAAUGCAUCUUAGGGUUAAAUAAAAAUAAGUUAAGGAACCUCGAUGAAAUAUCAAUCUACCCCUUGAGAUUCCUUUCGCCAAACAUUAGCGUAAUCAAAAUUGCAUGUUCAGAUAAUUUUGUCUGUCUCAUUGCCAAGCCUGGGAACACUAAACAUUCCGUGUACAUGUGGGGACAAUUUGCGCUUAUCCAAAAAAGAGAAGAAACUUCUACCCCUGUAGUCAGCCAUACUUUUAACGUUUUUAACAAAUUCAGGAUUAAACCUAAGAUGAACAAUUUACCAAGCCCCCAUCCAGGAAGUGAAAAUAACGGUGUCGAUGCCGCCUUCACGAGGGGGAAAAUAAUAUUCAUUGCCAACCCCUCCCCCGUUCAUGACCCUCUGUGGGAUUCUGUUGAAGCUAUGGAUGUGUGCUGCGACUUGGAUGAAAUUUUGGUCCUAAUGAACAACCUCUGCUUGUACGGAUUCAGCGCAGUCGAAAUUAUCAGCAGUGAUGAUAAAAAAGAGAAAAAGAAGGAAACGAAUUUACCUUACUCCUACUACGGAAGAAGAGAAAUGGAACAAAAAAAGGAAAAAAAAAUCAUCUACGAGGAACCAGAAAUUUAUGAUAAUAUAAAACUUCUGAAUCCAUCCCUCUACAUGUUUAAAUAUUUCAAACCAUCCUACUUUAACAUAAAGAAAAUUACUUGCAGUUACAAUAGAAACAGCUUAUCAAUUAUGAAUGCUGCAAUGGGAGAGUACGAAAUUCCCCCUGUUGUCAAAAAGAUGGAUUUCGUCACCCCCUCAGGUGAUGUAAUGCAAUUUCCUGAGAAAAUACGAGAAGCCAUAUUAGCUAACGCUAAAAGGGAGUCCAACAAAUGGAUUAAGUCAACGGAUGAUCCCUACAUAAACCAUUUCCUAAUAAAAAAUUCAAGCGACUCGGACAGUGUUAAUUGA